UCCAUCCUCACUGGACCGACUGUGGAGAGUGCAGUUUAGAGUAGGCGUGCGUCAGUGUUGACGACCGCACUCCAGCGGACCAAGCAAGCCAGCUAUCAUUGUAUUAUCUAGAAAUAAAGUGUAAACCGCGUUCUGUAAUUCUAUGUCGACCAUAAAGGCCUUCGUACAAAGAUGAAAACGUUGUCAAGAAGCGUUGACAUUACUGGUUUCUUUUUCACCGUCAAAUAUUGCCAAGUGUGGUACUGACAGCAGCAUUGCCUGGCUAGCGCAUUAGCAACAUCUUCAGGAAUUCGCUAUAGCCUAGCUAAAUUAAUUGGCCGUAGCUACUGGUAGUUGUCCAAAGGCUCCGCAACAGCCAUGGGAAUACUUUUCACCAAGCUAUGGAGGCUUUUCAAUCAUCAAGAGCACAAGGUUAUUAUUGUGGGCCUGGACAAUGCGGGGAAGACCACCAUACUUUACCAGUUUUCUAUGAAUGAGGUGGUCCACACGUCUCCUACAAUAGGCAGCAACGUGGAGGAGAUAGUGGUGAACAACACGCACUUCCUGAUGUGGGACAUCGGAGGACAGGAGUCCCUGAGAUCCUCCUGGAACACGUACUACACUAACACAGAGUUUGUGAUCGUAGUGGUGGACAGCACAGACAGAGAGAGAAUCUCUGUCACCAAAGAGGAGCUCUACAGAAUGCUUGCACAUGAAGACCUGAAGAAGGCGGGCCUGCUGAUUUUUGCUAACAAACAGGAUGUGAAAGGCUGUAUGUCUGUGGCUGAGAUCUCCCAGAGCCUGCAGCUCACCUCAGUCAAAGACCACCAGUGGCACAUCCAAGCCUGCUGCGCCCUCACUGGAGAGGGGUUGUGCCAGGGCCUGGAGUGGAUGAUGUCACGACUGCGGGUUAGAUGACCUUUGACGCUGAUCAACAACAACAGUGUGAUGUUCCUUUCUUCUCUCUACACCUUCAGUCCUGAGGGAUUGGGUGAUUUACAGGCGGCUCUUUUCCUCUCCAUGAGACUGACUUGACCCGGUUGGCCAGACUCCCUACCGGCCAGGAUGUUGUUUUUCUGCUGCGUGUUUAUUUAUUUCUACAGAACACUGAUCUGCUCUGACUGAGAACUGUGAACAACCAGAACUGUACCACUCUACCAUUUCAGGAUCCAUUCUGGGAAGAAAAACUAAACAAAAGACUCUGUGUAUUUAAUUUCUGAAUCUGCACGCUUGGUUUUCAUACUAUAAGAAAAAGGAAUGCUUGGGACAGCUCAGAUUUAACAGGAGUCGUCUUUAGUUGUGUGUGAGUGGGCUUGCCUGCCCAGAGUGGCCUUGUUGCAGUAUUGUCGGACGGCCUGAGGUGGUGGUAUUGCCCUGUGUGUACAGUCCAGUAUUUACAUUACAUCUGCAUCCCAAAUGGGAUAUAUAUAUCAGCAAAAAAAGAAACAUUCUCUCACUGUCAACUGCGUUUAUUUUCAGCAAACUUAACAUGUGUAAAUAUUUGUAUGAACAUAACAAGAUUCAACAACUGAGACAUAAACUGAACAAGUUCCACAGACAUGACUAACAGAAAUGGAAUAAUGUGUGUCUGAACAAAGGGGGGGGUCAAAAUCAAAAGUAACAGUCAGUAUCUGGUGUGGCCACCAGCUGCAUUAGAUACUGCAGUGCAUCUCCUCAUGAACUGCACCAGAUUUGUUAGUUCUUGCUGUGAGAUGUCACCCCACUCUUCCACCAAGGCACUUGCAAGUUCCCGGACAUUUCUGGGGGGAAUGGCCCUAGCCCUCACCCUCCGAUCCAACAGGUCCCAGACAUGCUCAAUGGGAUUGAGAUCUGGGCUCUUCACUGGCCAUGGCAGAACACUGACACUCCUGUCUUGCAGGAAAUCACAUACAGAACAAGUAGUAUGGCUGGUGGAAUUGUCAUGCUGGAGAGUCAUGUCAGGAUGAGCCUGCAGGAAGGGUACCACAUGCGGGAGGAGGAUGUCUUCCCUGUAACACACAGCGUUGAGAUUGCCUGCAAUGACGACAAGCUCAGUCCGAUGAUGCUGUGACACCACCCCAGACCAUGACGGAUCCUCCACCUCCAAAUCGAUCCCGCUCCAGAGUACAGGCCUCCGUGUAACGCUCAUUCCUUUGACGAUAAACGUGAAUCCGACCAUCACCCCAGGUGAGACAAAACCGCGACUCGUCAAUAAAGAGCACUUUUUGCUAGUCCUGUCUGGUCCAGCGACGGUGGGUUUGUGCCCAUAGGUGACGUUAUUGCCGUUGAUGUCUGGUGAGGUCCUGCCUUACAACAGGCCUACAAGCCUCAGUCCAGCCUCUCUCAGCCUAUUGCCGACAGUCUGAGCACUGAUGGAGGGAUUGUGUGUUCCUGGUGUAACUCGAGCAGUUGUUGUUGCCAUCCUGUACCUGCCCCGCAGGUGUGAUGUUCGGAUGUACCGAUCCUGUGCAGGUGUUGUUACACGUGGUCUGCCAUUGCGAAGUUGAUCAGCUGUCUGUCCUGUCUCCCUGUAGCGCUGUCUUACGCGUCUCACAGUAUGGACAUUGCAAUUUAUUUCCCUGGUCACAUCUGCAGUCCUCAUGACUCCUUGCAGCUUGCCUAAGGCACAUUCACGCAGAUGAGCAGGGAUCCUGGGCAUCUUUCUUUUGGUGUUUUUCAGAGUCAGUAAAAAGGCCUCUUUAAUGUCCUACGUUUUCAUAACUGUGACCUUAAUUGCGUACCAUCUGUAAGCUGUUAGUGUCUUAAUGACUGUUUCACAGGUGCAUGUUCAUUAAUUGUUUAUGGUUCAUUGAACAAGCAUGGGAAACAGUGUUUAAACCCUUUACAAUGAAGAUCUGUGAAGUUAUUUGGAUUUUACGAAUUAUCUUUGAAAGACAGGGUCCUAAAAAAGGGAUGUUUCUUUUUUUGCUGAGUUUGUGUGUGUGUGUAUAUAUACUGUGUAUAUAUAUAUAUAUAUGUAUA